CCUUCAGGGGAGGAGCGAUCGGCCCCGGCGCUGCGGUCUUGGGCCACGCGCCGGUCCUGAAGGCUUCUUCCUUCAGGAGUGUGGCGUGGGGUCUGCUUGGAAUUCGGGUAUUCCCCGAAGGGUAUUUUUGCAUCGAGCCCUGAUUUGCUUACGGGCUUGCCCCGUGGGAACCCCAGGGGAAGUGAUGCGGGUCAGGGGCCCGGACUGGUAGGGACCCCUCCCUGGCCCAGGCUCGGAGACUUCGGCUAAUUUGUUGGCUUGUUUAUACUCUUACCUUGUUACAUUCCCUGCGGUCCCUGUGAUGGUUUUUUCCAGUGAAUGCUGAUUUCAGCUUCUUUAUGGACUACCUAUUUCUGGCCAGUUAAUACUUUAUAUCUGAGUUUCUGAACUUUUGAAACAAGGAGUUUUUUUGUUUUUAAAUUCUUUUUUAACGUUUAUUUAUUUUUGAGACAGAGAGAGACAGAGCAUGAACGGGGGAGGGUCAGAGAGAGAGGGAGACACAGAAUCCGAAACAGGCUUCAGGCUCCGAGCUGUCAGCACAGAGACCGUCGGGGGUCUGGAACUCAUGGACCGCGACAUCACGACCUGAGCCAUAGUGGGACGUUCAACCGACUGAGCCACCCAGGCGCCCCAAGGAGUUUAUUUCUGAGAGUACAAAUCGUAAGGAAUGACUAAUAGAUCAGAAACGUUUAUAUAAUAAGCAUUAUAGAAGAGAAGAAAAAGCUAAAUUGUCACUAAGUUAUAUAAAAUGCGGGUCAUCUCAACAGGCAACAAAUGAUGUAGUCACACACACAGUUUAAGUAUUUUAAGAGUGGUUAGAGCAGAAGCAAAUAUCUAAAAAAAUAAUUUUAUACCACAUGCUGAACCUAAAACUUAGCGAAAAAUGAUCUAACAUGGAAACUUACUCAGAAAAUCUGACUCUAGACCUGAAACUUUAAUUAAUUCAAAGUCUAGCAUCUUCUACAAUCACACACUCAUAUUAAAAUGUAGCAAAGUUCCUUUUAGGGCCUGUGUUUUAAAAUAUUUGUUUAUGGUGGUGCCUGGGUGGCUCGGUCGGUUGAGCGAUGGACUUCCGGCUCAGGUCAUGAUCUCACCGUGUGUGGGUUCGAGCCCCGCCUCGCACAGCCUGGAGCUUCUUCCGAUCCUGUGUCUCCCUCUCUCUCUGCCUUUCCCCACUCUCACUUUGUCUCACUCUGUCUCUCAAAAAUAAAUAAAUGUAAACCAAAAAAAAUUAAAAUUUUUUUUAUGUAAUGAAAGUGUGAAAUUAAUAGCCUUUUAGAACCUUAAAGAAUUCAUUGCAUGAAUCUUGAACUGGAAAAAAAUCACAUUUUCUAAAUUGAAUAUUAAAAGUGAAAUUCUAAGUUUCAGAGCUGAUGGAAAAAUAUUUUUAUUUAAAAUUAUUUUUAUACGCUGGUCAUUGCUAAUGCGUAUAUCCCACAAUGAAUUCUUAUGGAUUAUUUACUAUGUGCCAGGCACUGUUCUGGGUUAUUAGAAUGUGUUAGUAAACAAAAAGUUCCUGCUCACUCAAGAGGGAGAAAAAGGUAAAUAAGCUAUAAUGUAAUGCCAGUUAUCAGUUAGUGUUAUGAAGAAAAAUAAUGCACGGUAAGGAUGGAGACUUUUAGAUAAGUGGUGUUUUCUUUCAUAGAGGCACAUCAGAACAAAAAUGCAUACAUGUUUCUAUUCUGAACCAAAAAAGUUAUAUUCUCUUUUAUGCCAGAACUAGAAACUGAAUCAAAAGUUCUUUUGAAUAUAUUUGCUGUUUGUAUGGGAGUUUAUUGGUUAGUUUAGGAAAUAAUUGCGUUUCCAAAACAAAUAUUUUUAAUUUAUAGGUUUGCUUUGUUUGCAGUUUCCUUUAGAAUAAAGAAUCGAAACACAUACAUGUAAGCCUUGGGAUUUUCUACUUGAAUUCUGAGGUAGCAAAGCCAUAUAAAAGUGGCCUGGUGAGUUUUAAUUUUCAAAACUUUUUUUGUUGCUUAAAAUUAUAUAGUUCUCCUAAGAUGAGAAAGGGAAUGUUUUACUUGUUACUUUUUGGACAGUAUAGUAAGCAGCAUGGUUAGUAUUUUCAUUUAUACUUUUCAUCAGGUAAUUGUUAUCAAGUUCUGAAAUUGAUUACUUACAGAUAAUAAAGACUCCUUUAGCAUAUUUCUGAAGGACUCCUUUCCAUCUCCUACCCUGUUAUCCUAGGUUUCUAUUGUUAAUAUAGUCAAUUGUUUUAGACCUUUAUGGAACCAUGGUAAUUUGUUUCAAUUUCACUGUUUCUUUUUGUUGGUGACUAAGUGAUUAAUAAAUUCAAAAAAACAAAGAGGGCAAUUAAGUCAAACAUGACAGGGAGAAAAAAUAACUAAAACAAUGAAAAAUCCUGCAACAUUCUGGAUAACUAAGGACAGUCAUAAGAUAUGCAUAUAUUUAGUCCUCUUACCAGUAGAAUUUUGUCAAGGGGUGCGUGUGGCAACAUUCCUCCCUCCUCCACAUACUCCCAUGUGUAUCUUAUCCCCACAUCGUGGAAGACUCAAAAUUGAAGGGGCAUUAUCUGACUUGGUUAUAUGGAUUUGCCCACAAGAUGGCACUCAUAUAGUUUCCUGGAUUUUAGGUUCUAUCCUAAGGAAAGAUUUGCAAUGUAUUAACUAUCACAGAAUAAAUAGAAAUGUGAUUUGUGCUUUGUGAUUUGUGCAUCUAUUUCAUGUUUUGUCAUCUAGAAUUUUCUAUCAUGUUUCAGAAUUCAGAAAAAAAAUUGGGAUGCAGUGUUGAUGUGCAGGAGAAAGAAUGGCAAUGUGAAUGGAGCAAUGUUUAUGACACAGUCCAAUUUUUAACAAUGCUGAAAUCAAAUGACUCCUUGUUUGCUUUGGAUACUUUGUCUUUUGAAAGACCAGAUGAAGCUGAAAACUAUCCAGACACUGAAAAAUCAUUGGAUUGGUUUCUCCCACCUGCGCCAUUGAUAUCGGAAAUUCCAGAUACUCAGGCAUUAGAGGAUGAAAUAGAAAGUCAUAAACUGUUAGGUCAGGAAAAGAAGCCAAAAAUGUUACCAUCAAAUUUAAAGAUAACUAAUGAAGACACAAAUUAUAUUUCACCAACACAAAAAUUCCAGUUUGCCUUUUCCUCAAAAAAAUAUGAAGAAGAUUAUCUGAAUUUAGGAGGGGCAGGUAAUGAUGACUUAUCACAUGUUCCUGGCAAGCUGACGUAUGGUUCUUCUCAGAAAUACAAAAAUCACAUUGGCACUGAGAUAGCACCUGAGAAAAAUGUUCCAGAUGAUACAAAAUUAGUUAAUUUUGCAGAAGAUAAAGGAGAGAGCACAUCAGCCUUCCGAAAAAGAUUAUUUAAAAUAUCUGACAACAUACAUGAGGAUGUUUAUGCUAAUGACAGUACAAACCUGGACUUUCCUGUUGCUUCAGUGAAAAUUGUCCCAACAGAAAUGAACAAAGGGGAAUCAUGGAAAUGUAGCAAUAAUAAGCAGAGACAUCAAUAUUCAGACAUUAACAUGUUUACAGCAAGUGACGUUUUUUCUCAUUCUGAAAUCAGAGAAGACAUAUUCAAAGCACCAACUUUUUCAGUUACAUCCCAGCCUCAUGAAGUUAAAGGAGUAACAGAAAAUGAUUUAGAUUCCUUGAAGGCUGUCACAGAAAUCCCAUCAAAAUUUAGAAGUAUUUUCAAAGAAUUCCCAUAUUUUAACUAUAUACAAUCCAAAGCCUUUGAUGAUCUUCUUUACACAGAUAGAAAUUUUGUGAUUUGUGCUCCAACUGGUUCUGGGAAAACUGUAAUGUUUGAACUAGCUAUAACAAGAUUGUUAAUGGAAGUACCAUUGCCAUGGUCAAACAUUAAAAUUGUUUAUAUGGCACCAAUAAAAGCCCUGUGUAGUCAGCGUUUUGAUGAUUGGAAAGAAAAAUUUGGAUCAAUAGGAUUGAAUUGUAAAGAACUCACUGGAGAUACAGUAAUGGAUGACCUAUUUGAGAUUCAGCAUGCCCAUAUAAUAAUGACAACUCCAGAAAAAUGGGAUAGCAUGACUAGAAAAUGGAGAGACAACUCUUUGGUCCAGCUGGUUAGACUGUUCCUCAUUGAUGAGGUACAUGUUGUAAAAGAUGAAAAUCGUGGACCAACUCUUGAAGUUGUAGUCAGCAGAAUGAAAACUGUACAGUCUUUAUCUCCUGCUUCAGAAAAUAGCAGCACAAUUAUUCCAAUGAGAUUUGUAGCUGUAUCUGCAACAAUUCCAAAUGCUGAGGAUAUUGCAGAAUGGCUUUCAAAUGGUGAAAGACCUGCUGUAUGUCUGAAAGUGGAUGAGAAACAUCGGCCGGUGAAACUUCGGAAAGUGGUCCUUGGAUUUCCCUGCAGUAGUAACCAAACCGAAUUUAAGUUUGAUUUAACCCUCAACUACAAAAUUGCCAAUGUUAUACAAACAUACUCUGAUCAGAAACCCACACUUGUGUUUUGUGCAACAAGGAAAGGUGUGCAACAGGCUGCUUUGGUACUUGUGAAAGAUGCUAAGUUUAUUAUGGCUGUGGAACAGAGGCAGAGGUUACAGAAGUGUGCAUAUUCCUUAAGAGAUUCAAAACUGAGAGAUAUCUUAAUCUAUGGUGUUGCUUAUCAUCAUGCUGGUAUGGAGCCGUCAGAUAGAAAAGUAGUUGAAGGAGCUUUCACUGUUGGAGAUCUACCAGUUCUUUUUACUACCAGUACUUUAGCUAUGGGAGUAAAUUUGCCUGCUCACCUAGUAGUUAUAAAAUCUACAAUGCAUUAUGCUGGAGGAAUGUUUGAAGAAUACAGUGAAACAGAUAUUCUACAGAUGAUUGGUAGAGCGGGUCGACCUCAAUUUGACACUACAGCUACUGCAGUUAUUAUGACUCGGUUAAGUACAAAAGAGAAGUAUAUUCAGAUGUUAGCUUGUAGUGACACUGUAGAAAGCAGUUUACACAGACAUCUUAUUGAACAUUUAAAUGCAGAGAUAGUGCUGCAUACCAUCACAGAUGUGAAUAUUGCUUUGGAAUGGAUACGAUCAACUUUGCUUUAUAUCAGAGCCUUGAAAAAUCCAUCUCAUUAUGGUUUUGCAUCUGGAUUGAACAAAGAUGGAAUUGAAGCAAAAUUACAAGAAUUGUGUUUGAAGAAUCUGAAUGAUUUAUCAUCUCUGGACUUGAUUAGGAUGGAUGAAGAUGUUAAUUUCAAACCAACUGAGGCAGGAAGAUUGAUGGCUUGGUAUUAUAUUACAUUUGAGACAGUGAAGAAAUUUUGUACCAUCAGUGGAAAAGAGACUUUAUUAGAUCUGGUCACAAUGAUAGCCAGCUGCAAGGAAUUUGUAGAUGUGCAAUUAAGGAUAAAUGAAAAGAAAACAUUGAAUACAUUGAACAAAGAUCCACAUCGGGUAACUAUCAGAUUUCCAAUGGAAGGAAGAAUUAAAACAAGAGAAAUGAAAGUAAAUUGCCUUAUUCAGGCUCAACUAGGAUGCAUUCCCAUACAAGACUUUGCUUUGACCCAAGAUACCUCGAAGAUUUUCAGAAAUGGCUCACGAAUUACAAGAUGGUUGUCAGAUUUUGUGGCUGUUCAAGAAAAGAAGUUUGCUGUACUGUUGAACAGUUUGAUUUUAGCUAAAUGUUUUAGAUGUAAACUUUGGGAAAACUCUCUGCAUGUAUCAAAACAGCUGGAAAAAAUUGGUAUAACAUUGUCAAAUGCAAUGGUAAAUGCAGGUUUGACCUCCUUUAAAAAAAUAGAAGAAACAGAUGCAAGGGAGCUUGAACUGAUUUUAAAUAGACACCCUCCUUUUGGAACACAAAUAAAGGAAACAGUGAUGUAUCUACCAAAAUAUGAACUUGAAGUGGAACAGAUUGCAAGAUAUAAUGAUACCAUGGCAGAAAUAUUAGUGACCAUUAUAUUAAGAAACUUUAAACAGCUACAAACUAAAAGAACAGCGCCAGAUUCUCACUAUGUUACCUUAAUCAUAGGUGAUGCAGAUAAUCAACUGGUUUUCAAGCACAAAAUUAUGGAUUCUGUUUUGCUAAGAGCUGGAAAUUGGACUAAAAAGAUUGAUGUGAGGAGAGCUUUUAAAUCUGAAGAUCUUAGCAUAAAUCUAAUUAGUUCUGAAUAUGUUGGACUUGAUAUACAGCAGAAAUUUACAGUCUUUUACUUAGGACCUAAGAGGUUUGGAAAUCAAAUAAUUAUGCAAAAAAAAUCAGAAACAGAGAUUUCCCAUUCUAAACAUUCAAAUAGAUCUACUAUAACAGGAUCCAAUAAAGGAAUGACUGCUUGCAAAAAACCUGGGAACCGAGAAUGUAAUCAUCACUGUAAAAAUAAACAUACAUGUGGACAUGACUGCUGUAAAACUGGAGUUGCACAAAAGUCAGUAAUGAAAGAGUCAACAAUCUCUUCAUAUUUAUCUGAUUUAAGAAACAGGAAUGCUGUUUCAUCACUUCCUCCAGUUAAACGUCUCAAGUUGCAAAUGAAUAAAUCUCAAAGUGUGGAUCUUAAAGAAUUUGGUUUUACUCCAAAACCUUCUCUUUCCAGCAUAUCAAGGUCAGAGUGUUUAAAUAUACCUGAAUUGUCUAUAAUGGAACAGAGGGAUCAGCAUGAAAUCUGUGCAAAAGUUCAACAAGAACCAUCUGAAUAUCAAGACAAAGAUUUUUCUAGAUGGAACUCUUCUACAACUUCAAAUGAGAAAGCCCCUCAAACAGUACUGUUCAACAGACAUCUUAAUGCAUCUGGAAACCAGAAUUUGACAGAUGCGGAUAAAAGUAAUUCUCCAUUCUCAGAAGUUCCGAAUGUGAACUUUGAAUUGGGAGAUGAAGUUUGGGAUGAUUUUGAUGAUGAGAACUUAAUAGAAGUUACUGAUUUUUCAGCCGGUACUGAGAAGACAAAUACAUCAGGAUUUAGAAACACUUUGAGUUCAAGUAUCCAGGGAAGUAAGCUAUCCCUUCAAGAGUCAAAGAGCAAAUUCCAAGGAGAAAUGUCAAAAAGUGUUGUUUCAUCACAUGAGAAGCCAGAUAUUUAUUUAUCAGAUUCUCCUGUGUUCAAGUUUGAUGCAUCCUCCAUGACAAAAUUGCCUCCACAAGCUGGAAAUGCAGAUAUUGUCUGUUUACAAGAAAGAAAACAGCAGAGUCUGUCACCAGAGAUUGAAAAGCUGUGCUUUACUCACUCUAAAAAAAUACCAAAUUCUUCACAUUUUAUUGAGAAAGUGGAUUUCUUUAUUAGCAACAAUGAAUGUAAAAAGGAAAUUGAUUUCAGUAGGUAUCAUCCCGAUGAUGAAGCUGAGGAAAUAAAGUCUUUUCUGGGAAUAUUUGAUGGUAUUUUCUAAAACCAAAAAAUUUUAUCUUAUAUUAAUAAGACAAAGUAUAAAGACAUCCAGUUAUAAAGCAAGCAUUUUAUUUUUUAAAGGUAGUUCAUAAUUGUUCAAUUUUUUUUUCUCUUGGAUUUGAUCAGUUCUGUUGACUGAUUUGCAACAAAAUAUUUGGACAGAUUCAUUUUCCUGUUGUAACUUCAUGAAAAGCACUCUCACAGUGGGUUUGUUUCAGUAAGCUGAAAAUUAAGUUGCUCUUAGCAAUUAUUUGGUUAUUAAAUACAUCUUGAUUGGAUUUUGACAGGAACUAAUUAAAAAAUUGUUCUUCAAAAACAAAAAACAAAAAAAAAUUAUUCUUAAUUUUCUCAACAAGAAGAAAGGUAUUCUAUGAAAAGAAAUGAUGCUAGGUUACUGAAUCUGUUUAUUGUAUGGAUUAUUCACCAAUACUGUUUUGUUUUACUAAAGAUUUUUAAGAAUCUGUGGCUGUCUGAACCUGUUGUUAUAUAAUUUCAAAUAAUAAUAAAUGAAACAUUAAUCAA